CUUCGCGACCGCUACUUGAAAGCAGUCAACGAUCGCGCUGCAUUGUGGCGAUCGAAUGGCCGCUUCGUCUGAUGUCUGUCCAUUCUGUUCUUCUGUAAUUAGUUUUACGUUACUUUCGUUGAUCCACGCGAGCGGUGUCUCACGACGAACGAUCCGAUUUAGUAAUAUAGCAACUAUAAUAACAUUGACAAACGUAACAUUGAAAUGGAAAAAAGUGGCGAUGGAUUGCUGUUUCGUGCUGAGAGAAAUAAUGGUGCUGAUAAAGUAGCCAUGGAUAUUGUUGAUGAAAGAGUGGCUAUCUUAGACGCAGGUGCACAGUAUGGAAAAGUGAUAGACCGAAAGAUUCGUGAAUUAAAUGUCCAUAGUGAAAUUCUGCCACUCGAAACACCGGCAUUUACUCUUCAGGAGAAAGGAUACAAAGCUAUUAUAAUUUCUGGAGGUCCUAGCUCAGUAUAUGCGGAAGAUGCACCCAGAUAUGAUGCCGACAUCUUUCGAAUAGGAAUUCCUGUAUUAGGUAUUUGUUAUGGAAUGCAAAUGAUGAACAAAGAAUUUGGUGGUACUGUAACCAGAAGGGAGAGUCGAGAGGAUGGUCAAUUUCCUGUAGAAGUUGAUACCAAGUGCCUAUUAUUUAAGGGCUUGGACAAAGAACAGAUGGUACUGUUAACGCACGGAGAUAGCAUAGACAGGGUAGCCGAUUGUUUUCGUACUACUGCCAGAUCAUCAAGCUUUAUAGCAGGUAUAGCGAGUGAUAAGAUGAAUUUGUAUGGCGUGCAAUUUCAUCCAGAAGUGGAUCUGACGCCCAAUGGAAAAUCGAUGUUGCACAAUUUUUUAUUCGGUAUCGCGGGCCUUACGGGCAAUUAUACGCUUCGCGAUCGGGAGGCUCAAUGUAUACAAUAUAUCAGAAAUACUGUAGGCGAUAAAAAAGUUUUGUUAUUGGUCAGCGGUGGCGUAGACUCGACGGUAUGCGCGGCUCUGUUACAAAAAGCUUUAAGUAAGGAGCAAGUUAUAGCACUACACAUUAAUAACGGCUUCAUGCGUAAGGGAGAAACACAAUUCGUUGAACAAAGUCUAGCCCAAUUAUGUGUAACGUUAAGAGUAGUGAAUGCUGGCCGCUAUUUCAUGCAAGGCACGACAACUGUUCCAUUAGACAAUGUCGCGCCUAUGAUAAAUGCUAAUGUUACGAAUAAUAAAGGAAUAUGCGGCGCGACGAGUAGUCCCAGAACCAGAUUAACCAAGAUGUUAUGCGAAACUACCAAUCCAGAAGAGAAACGAAAGAUCAUAGGAGACGUUUUUGUAAGAGUCGCAAAUGAGGCGAUGGCGGAGAUGGGAUUGAAGCCAGAGGAUGUUUUCCUCGGGCAAGGCACUCUCAGGCCCGAUCUUAUAGAAAGUGCAAGCUCUUUAGUUAGUGGUAAAGCAGAUGCCAUAAAGACGCACCAUAACGAUAGCGAACUUGUGCGAGUACUAAGAGCGCAGGGACAUGUAGUCGAACCGUUAAAAGAUUUUCACAAGGAUGAGGUAAGACAGUUGGGAUGUGAUCUCGGAUUGCCGGCAGCGCUCGUCGCGCGUCAUCCAUUUCCUGGUCCUGGACUCGCAGUGCGAAUCCUAUGCGCGGAUGAGCCUUACAUAGAAAAGGAUUUUUCCGAAACACAGGUGAUAGUCAAAAUAAUGGCAGAGUACGAGCAGAUGCUUCAGAAGAAACAUGCCUUAUUGAAUCGGGUGGAAGGCACGACGACUGAAGUCGAACGUCAACAACUCCGCAGGGUCUCGAGUCAUCGUCAUAUCGCAGCGACUCUCCUGCCUAUUCGUAGCGUAGGAGUUCAGGGCGAUCGGAGAAGUUACAGCUAUGUGGUAGGCUUGUCGUGCGAAGAGACUGUAUCCGAGGGAGUGGAAUGGGAAGAUAUGUUGUUCCUCGCGAAAUUAAUUCCGCGCGUGUGUCACAAUAUUAAUCGUGUGUGCUAUAUCUUCGGACCGCAACUUCAUCAUCCAAUCCAGGAUAUCACGCCUACGUAUCUCACCUCCAAUGUGAUAGCGACGCUGCGGCAGGCGGAUCACUUGGCUAAUCAAGUGUUAACCGCAAACGGCUGUAUGGAAGCCGUCAGUCAAAUGCCCAUUGUUCUAAUCCCGAUACACUUCGAUCGCGAUGCGGCAUGCCGAACGUUAUCUUGUCAACGUUCCGUUGUGCUCAGGCCAUUCUGUACUAACGAUUUUAUGACUGGCACGCCCGCCAUUCCUGGCAAAGAUUUGCCAAUACACGUGGUGAAAAAGAUGGUGACUGAAAUAUCUACGGUGCCCGGUAUUUCACGUGUUUUAUAUGAUCUAACGUCUAAACCACCGGGAACAACUGAAUGGGAGUAGUGAACGCUCAUCUGGCCCCUUUCUAUUUUUUCACCAUCCCUGCGCGCGUAACGACAAAGUGAAAAAAGUAUAUUUAAAAAUAUAUAUAUAUAUAUAUAAUAUUACGAUAAAGAUACACGAAUUCGAGGUUAAUGACUUCUUACUAAUUUAUACAAGACCUCCGAGCAAACUUUUUCAAAGGUAUGCAUUAAUCGAGUCGUGUAUUACUGGCUUCUCUAGACAAAGAAUGGCAUUUGCGUUCGAUUAAAAA